AUGAAGUGCAUAGAUUUGGUUGGCCCAGGGUCAUCAGGCAUGAAUGGAACAGCCAUUUCAAACUUUGCCUGUGUCAUUUUUAAUGUUUCCUUCAUGAAUUGCACCUGGCAUGUGGGCAGGACUGCUACAGAAGACACCCAAUAUUUCCUGUACUGGGGGUCCUUUAAGAAUGAAAAUGUCACAGAAUGCCAAAAUUACAUCAAAGAUACCCAUGGAAGGCACAUAGGAUGUCGAUUUCAAAACGUGACAAUAAAAGAUAAGAGUCCUUAUUUCCUGAUAAAUGGGUCCAGAAGCGGAAAAAGCAUUCAGUCAUAUGAGCAUUACAUAAAGCUAUACAAAAUUGAAAAACUCACCUCUCCACUAAAUGUCACAGUGAACUGUACAGAAGCUUCUCGUAGAUGUAGUAUUUGGUGGCAGCCACCUCGCACAAGUCAUGUGGAAAACAUGAGUUGUUUCAAAUAUGAAAUUGUCAUAGAAAACAAGGCUGAUGCGGAGAAAAACCCCAAAACUCCAUCUAAAACAGUAAAAAUCACUGAAAAUGACUCCUACCUAUAUGAAAGCUUCAGCUCAGGAAAAAGGUACAGCGUCAAGAUCAGAGCAACAGAUGCAGGCUUUUGUAGAGUAAGCUCAAACUGGGGAGAGUGGAGUACACCUGUGGAGUUUGGAACACAGCAAUUUACAUCUACUUCAUCAUAUAUGCUGUUUCUGAUACCAAGCCUGGCAGCAGGUCUCACAUUUCUCCUUUGCAUGACAGUAAGGGCUUAUUUCAAAAAAACAUCUGCUGCAGUACCACAGCCAAGAGACCCAUUCCGUGAGCCCUCUCCAAUGGACUUCCAGAAAAUGCAUGACUGUGACCCAAGAAGAACAUUUACAGUUUACACUGUCAUUUCCCUGGGAACCCCCACAGACCUGGUUCUCCCUGCCCAGUCCCUGGAGCUUCCCCACCAUGCCCGGAGCCCAGGACCCCACAUCAGCCCCCCGGAUCCAUCAGCCCCGGCCCAGUGGUGCCACAGCAGGGCUGUUUUCCAGGUUCCCCCAGCCCUGCCCUGCCUGGACACGGCCCCUCCAAGCCGGGCCCACCCUCAGGCCCAUGGCCCAUCCCAGUCCGCCAGGAGGUGCCUGGGGGUCAGGGCCGCCCUGGGCCCACAGCUGCCCUGA